GCGAGCCAGAGGAAGCAAACUUUAAACCCGGACGUCUCAAAAUCUCGCGUGGUCAUUUUCGGUUUUUAUUGUUUUAAUGUUUUUUUCCCAAUUAGGUACAUAUGACUGCUGUGUGAAGACAAACUGACAAACGGAAUGGCUCUGGAUCAGUUCAGUGAUGUAGUCCAGAGAUGUCAAGCUCUCUCUGCUGACAAGUACUCCACAGAGGACCAUGACGUCUUUAUGGCUGCUGGUCGAACAUGCAUCGAGGAAGGAAAUGGUGCUCAAGUGCUCAGUAUCGUCCUGGAUGACAAAAAUCAGGACAUAGUGAGGUGUAUGGCAUGGAACCUUCUGCCUCCCCUGGUUCAAGUUCUUUUGAAAAAGGAACAUAAGAACCUACCUCACUGCCUGGCCAUUUUCAAUCACCUGCUUGAGGCUUGCAGACCAAAAGAGUUGCUGAUUGGCCUUCUGGAGCAGCUAGAGCAGGAGGAACCUGCCGCCAUAGCAGAGAGCCUCAACCUACUGUUAAAGCCCCUACAAAAAGUUCUCCAGCGUCUGGGCAGCCGUAAGGCGUCAUCUCUGGGCAUGGCUUUGUCCUCUGUCCUGGAGCAGGUAGCCAAACUGCCCGUACCUCACACCAAGGAGCAAGAGGAGGAUGACGUCUUCUCGCUUUGUCGUUGCUGCGCUGACCUAACAAUCUUUGUCAGGCCCUUUGUCCAAGAGGCCAAACAAGACAGCUUUAUCGGUAACGGCAAGCCGAAUGAGAGCUUGAGCGGCAAGAAGAUGUUGGCCAUACCUGACGGGGUGUUACUGGACAAAGAGGAGCUGAGGGCAGAACUGCUGAAGUUCUGUAUGAGCACGCUGAGUCGCCCCCUUCUGGAGGUACAGCUCAAUGAUCCGGACACGCUGGCUUUUUCUCCGCUCAGGAAUUUUGCCACAGAGAUUUUGAAGAACCUCAACGCUAUUGGAGAGUCCGUGCCGGGCCUCGUGCACCAGCCCCUGUCCAAACGGAAGGAGGCGCCUGGGUUUUUAGAGGAGGACGUGCGUUAUCCCAAAGAGUCACUCGCCAGCUUGGCUCACCUGGUGUUCGUCCAUCACCUGGCUGCUGACACCUUCCCCUGCGUCUUUAAUCCUGUGUUCUGUCUCCGGUGCAAUAUGGAGCAUGUCUGCCUCCUGCUGUCCAGAACUGAAGAGUUCAGGAUUCAGAAAGGACUGGAGCUUUAUGAAAAGAGUCUUGUGCGUGUGGAGGACGGCAGUCUGCCUGCAGAGCUGCUGGAAAUCAAAACCUUCCUCACGGUUCCUCAGAACCUAACCAAAGUCAUGACGAUGUGUCCGAGACAUGAUUUGAGAACCAAAGGUCUGAAGGUGUUCCAGCUGAGCAUCGAUAAGUUUGAUCUUGAGGCCAAGUACAAUUUUUUCAAGUUCAUGCUGAAGACCAGCAAUCACUCAGGGGUGGAAGGCUACAUCAUCAAAAACAUCAGGAGUCAGAUCGACGUGGCGCUACGGCCUGGCAACAGUAACAGCUGGUUUGAGGGGAUUCAUCUCCUUCCUUUGCUGCGCUUGGUCUUCAGCCUCCCAGACGGCCCGGAGACUGACCUCCUGCAGUACCUGGAUAGACUGAUGGAGUCUCUGAACCUGCUGCGUUACCUCGUGAUAAGAGACAAAGUGACUCAAAACAAGACAGGAAUCUGGACAGAGCUGUAUGAAAUAGAAGACAGGUUCAUGAAGCCCCUGCGUGUCGGGAUUAACAUGUCCAGAGCACACUACGAGAGGGAGCUCAGAAACACCAUGGAGAAGAAGAAGAGAAAUGCCAAAGAGACAUCUGUCAUUUCUGUUUCUGUCGGUGACGAGACACUGCCUAACAUGACCUCGGAAUCUCAGAUUCAGGCUCUCCAUUCAGCCCUGCACACCUUUGACAUGAUGGAGAGCGUGCUGGUACGAACAGAGGAGCUUACCGAAGUGAAGGCUGCAAUUUAGACCACCACUCCUGGGCUGGUCAAAAGCACUUAAAAAGGAAAACUGCACUUUUUUGGGGGGAAUUUUGCCCAUUGUCCACAAUCUUAAUGCGAAACAUGAACACAAAUCUUUGACUUUUCUGUGCAUUCUAAAGAAAGAAAAACAGUUAGCACGAGGGAGCUAGCAAUGGGACUGAGACACAACUAUUUUGACUAUAAAGCCCUCUAAAAAAAAUCAGCAAUGUUUUAUAUACAUUCUGUGACCAUGCACUGACAGGUACAUUCAGGAUAACAUGCAAUACUUACAGUAUUCAGGAUAACAUGCAAUACUUAUAAUAUUUUGAUCAUUUUAAGCAUUACCGGAACUUCUUUCCUGUGCACAUUGAUUUCACAGAGCAAAAUUCCCCAAAAAGUGCAGUUUUCCUUUAAAGUAAGUACUUGUGGAAAAUAUGUAUACAGUAAAGCAUGUCAGCAUAAACUGAAUUGCUGCUUUACAACUUUCUGUACAACACUGUACUUGUUUGUGAUGUUUGCUAUAAUUAAAUAAUAGACAUCAAAAGAUGCAAGGGGCCACUUUGAUAUUUUUUGCAAAAUUUAAAAUUCCACCGUUUUACUUAUUUUUCCCAAUUAUUUUUUAAAAUGUUAUUUCUACAUUGUGCCACGUGCUGCACUUUGGACACCCCUGGUAUAUGUGCUAUAUCACUGUACAGUAGACCCUCGCCUAUAGAAAUUUUAAAAUAUAUAUUUUAGUAUAUGCUAACUUAAACAGAAAGUGGUUUGAUGGCACUUAUCUGCGGGGGGACAGUACAGCAACUAUGAAUCCAGCAGAGGGCGCUGUCUCGCAAAUUAAUCUGACAUUUUCUAGCAGAAAAAGGGUGACAAGACAUGAUGUGUAACAGGACAUUUUGCAAGUAUAACACUAUACAUAAAUGUGUGAAAACUGAAUUUAAAAUGUCUUAAUAAAAAUAUGAUUUCGAUCACAAAUAGGCAUUUUUAGGGCUAUUUAUGGUCAUAUACAUUAUUUGCUGUGUUUGUCCAUUUGCUAGGAAUGUAAACCAAAUAGUGGGUAUGUACUGUAUACAUAGGACAAUAAAUGCCA